ACCAAUCACAAAGCAGAGUCGCUCUACGAGGAAGCGGCAGAGCAGGAUAUAAAUGUGCUGGGUAGUGUAGUUUGUAGUUUGUGGGUCCGUGUUGUGUUGUGUUGUCGCUGACUUUGUUAACUUGUGUCAAACUGAAGAAGAUGAAGAUGACGAAGGCUCCUGUGCUGCUGCUGCUGGUUCUGACUGUGUGGUCAAACAUCGGACACUGUGCUCCCUCCUCCUCCUCCUCCUCCUCCUGCUCCUCUCCUCCUUCGCAGUGGUGCUCCUCUCUGGACUCAGCUGUCCAGUGCGGGGUUUUGAAGCACUGCCUUGAGUCUAACUUCACCAGGUCCCGCCAGACAGCAGAUCCAGUCGUGGUGGGGCUGUACUAUGAGAGUCUCUGUCCCGGCUGCAGAUUAUUUCUAUCAGAUGUUCUCUUCCCAACCUGGGUCUUGCUGCAGGAGAUCAUGAAAGUUACUCUGGUUCCCUACGGAAACGCUGUGGAGAAACCUGAUGGAAAGAAGUAUAUUUUCGAGUGCCAGCACGGAGAACAGGAGUGUCUGGGUAACAUGAUCGAGACUUGUUUGAUGAACAAGACCGAUGCUUUCCCGAUCAUCUUCUGUAUGGAAUCCUCAGCUGAUGUCAUCAAGUCAGCCAAAAGCUGUACGGAAAUCUACGACCCAGACUUGAGCUGGGGCGAUGUCAUGAGCUGUGUGACAGGAGACGUGGGAAACGAGCUUAUGCAUCAGAAUGCCAUGAUGACCAAAGCUCUGAACCCUCCACACGAAUAUGUGCCCUGGAUUACCAUCAACGGGAAGCACACAGAGGACCUCCAGGAUGAAGCCAUGAAUUCUCUCUUCACUUUGGUCUGCAACAUGUACAAGGGCACCAAGCCUCCAGUGUGUGGAGGGGACCAGAGACACUACAAAAGCUACUGCCACAAAGAGUGAAGGAGCAUCACCAGCUGUUGUGCUCGCUCUGUUCCAGGUGUGGCCUCCAAACAAACAACUCAGAGGGAUGUCAUCAAGACAUUUUUUUUUUUUUUUGUUUCUGUUUGUGUUUGUAUAAAGGGAAGAAUUGAUUACCUCACUUUAUAAUUCACAGAAUAUAAAUACAAGGUCAUUUUUUAAAUAAAAAAAGUGCCAUCAUUAAAA